AUGCAUUUACGAGUUUUAUUAAUUGUCUUUGUUACUCUAAUUUCUUUAGCCUUUGCAACUAUACAAAUACAAUACGAUAAAGAUCAUAAUAAUUAUGGAAAUCAUGAACGAAUCAAACAACAUGUGGUAGAACAUUUAAAGGAAGCAAAUUUACCAUAUGGGACUCUAAAAGAAAAUGAUGAACUAUUUUAUUUAUUUUCCAUUCAUGAUAUCAAUAAUGAUGGAUUUUUAGAUGGAAAUGAACUCCGAGAAACAUUCGCUGACACUGAUUUGAUGGAUUUAGAUGAUUUAACGAAGAUGAUUGAUCACAUAUUAAUGGAAGAUGAUGCCGACAACGAAGGUUCUUCUGGAAUACGUAUUAGUAUUGAUAGAGGUGGUACUUUUACUGAUUGUAUUGGUAGCAUACCAGUUCCUAAAUCAAAUGAAUACCCUAAAGGUCGUAAAGAAGUUGUCAUAAAAUUGUUAAGUGUUGACCCCCAAAACUAUCCUGAUGCUCCGCGUGAAGGAAUUAGAAGAAUACUGGAGUUGGCAACUGGGAAAGAUUUCCCUAAAAAUAAACCAAUUGAUACCUCAUUCAUAGAGUCUAUAAGGAUGGGAACAACUGUUGCUACUAAUGCUCUAUUGGAAAGAAAAGGUGAAAAAAGUGCACUUUUGAUUACAAAAGGAUUUAAGGCCAGACCUAAAAUAUUUGAUUUGUCAAUUUGUAAACCUGAUGUAUUAUAUCAAUCAGUGAUUGAGAUUGAUGAACGUGUAAUUCUUGUUAAUGAAUCAGAAUGCAAAUCAAAUUUAUCAAAUGAUGUUUAUCGAGGAAUUUCUGGCGAAUAUGUUAGAGUUAUCAAGAAAUUAGAUUGUGACAAAAUUACAAAAGAUCUUAAAUCUUUAUAUGACGAUGGAUUUAAAAGCAUCGCAAUUUGUUUAAUGCAUUCAUAUACUUUUCCAGAACAUGAAAAGCAAAUCGGUGAGUUAGCUUCAAAAAUAGGAUUUUUCCAUAUAUCAUUAUCAUCAUCUUUACUCCCUAUGAUUAAAAUUGUGCCUCGUGGGACUUCUUCAACUGCCGACUCUUAUUUAACACCUUGUAUUCGUAAUUACAUUGACGGUUUUACAUCUGGAUUUGAUGAAAAUUUAUUAAAAAGUACCAGAUUAGAAUUCAUGCAAAGUGAUGGUGGUUUAGUACCGGUUAAUAAGUUCUCUGGUUUCAGAGCUAUUUUGUCUGGUCCUGCUGGUGGUGUCGUUGGUUACGCUCUUACAUCUUAUGACAAGGAAGAAAAAGUUCCUGUUAUUGGUUUUGAUAUGGGAGGUACAAGCACCGAUGUGUCUCGUUUUGAUGGUCGUUAUGAACAUGUGUUUGAAACCAUUACCGCUGGAAUUACUAUUCAGGCACCACAAUUGGACAUUCACACUGUUGCUGCUGGUGGCGGAUCCAGACUUUUCUUUCGUAAUGGAAUGUUUGUAGUUGGACCUGAAAGUGCUAGUGCACAUCCAGGGCCUACAUGCUAUAGGAAAAAUGGACCUUUGACGGUAACCGAUGCAAAUCUCAUUCUUGGCAGAUUGAUUCCUGAUCACUUUCCAAAAAUAUUUGGUCCAAAUGAAGACCAACCAUUAGAUAUUGAUGCUACCCGUAUUGAAUUCGAAAAACUUGCAAAAGAAAUCAGUGCUUUUAAUGACAAGGAAAUGAGCUUAGAUGAAGUUGCAUACGGAUUUAUAAAGGUAGCAAAUGAAGCCAUGUGUAGGCCGAUCCGUGCAUUAACAGUAGGCAAAGGUUAUGAUACUUCUAAACAUAUACUUUCAUGUUUUGGAGGUGCUGGUGGACAACACGCAUGCGCAAUUGCUCAAAAUUUGGGAAUUCGCAAAAUCUUAAUUCAUCGUUACAGUUCAGUGUUGUCGGCAUACGGUUUAGCAUUGGCUGAUGUUGUUCAUGAAGUUCAAGAGCCAAGUUCCCUGGUUUAUUCCGAGAAAACAUUACCCCAUAUACAAGAAAGAGUGAAAGUUUUAGUUAAUGAUUGUGCCAACGUAUUUUCAUCACAAUACCAGAUAACAGACGAAUCAACUAUCCAUUAUGAGAUUUAUCUUAACUUAAGAUAUCAAGGAACAGAUUUUGCUCUGAUGACCUUGAAACCAAAAGAUUCUUGGAAUUUUAUUGACACGUUUGUUGAACAGUACAAACAAGAAUUCGGGUUUAAUUUAUCCGAUAGAGAUAUUUGUGUGGAUGAUAUUAGGAUUCGUGGAAUUGGGAAAAGUCAACAGUUGACAAACAAUAGUGUUUACGAAGAAAUCAAAUCGUUAAAGAGGAUACCAUUAGAAUCUGGUCAUAAAACAUACCCGAUGUAUUUUGAAGAACAUGGCAGAUUGGAAACGCCAGUGUAUUUGUUGGAUAAUCUUAUUGUUGGAAAUUAUAUACAAGGCCCUGCAAUGAUCAUUGAUGCAAAUUCUACGAUCCUUGUUACCCCAAGUUGUAAUGCUCAUAUCACAUCAACCCACAUAAUGAUAAUGGUUGGUGAUGGUGUCAGAAGUCAAGUCACGACCGAAUCGGAUCCUAUACAAUUGUCUAUAUUUGGUCAUAGGUUUAUGAGCAUUGCUGAACAAAUGGGCAAUACUUUACAAAAAACUGCUAUUUCCACAAAUAUUAAAGAAAGAUUGGAUUUUUCAUGUGCACUUUUUGGUCCAGAUGGUGGCCUAGUUGCUAAUGCCCCACAUAUUCCAGUGCAUUUGGGUAGUUUAAGUCAUGCAGUAAAGUAUCAAAUGGAGUUCUAUAAAGGCCAAUUGGAGGAUGGAGAUGUUAUUCUUACUAAUCAUCCUCAAGCCGGUGGUUCACAUUUACCAGAUAUGACUGUUAUUACACCAGUUUUUAAUGAAGGCAAAAUAGUUUUUUUUGUUGCAUCAAGAGGUCAUCAUGCAGAUAUUGGAGGUAGUUUACCAGGUUCUAUGCCACCAAAUUCCAAUGAAUUGUAUCAAGAAGGAGCAGCUGUAAAAUCUUUCAAGCUUAUUUCAAAAGGAAAAUUUGAUUUAGAAGGUCUCACCAAUAUUUUAUCAGUCGAGCCAGCAAAAUAUCCUGGGUGUAGCGGUACCAGAUGUUUCCGUGACAAUGAAUCAGAUUUAAAGGCUCAAGUUGCCGCCAAUCAUAAAGGAAUCACAUUGGUAAAAUUAUUAAUACAAGAGUAUGGACUGGAUGUUGUACAAGCGUAUAUGAUGCACAUUAGAAAAAAUGCAGAAUUGUCAGUUAGAGGGUUAUUAAGAGAUGUUAGUAAGCGAUUCGGAAGAAAUACUUUAAAAGCUACUGAUCAUAUGGAUGAUGGGUCACCGAUAAAAUUAGAAAUUACAAUUGAUGAUAAAGAAGGUUCUGCAGUGUUUGAUUUUAAUGGUACUGGACCUGAAGUUUAUGGUUGUUUAGCUCCAAUAGAUAUAAGAAUACCAGAGAAAUCAUUUUUAAAUCCUUCUGAUAAAGCAGCAGUUGUUGGUGGCAAUGUUUUAACGUCACAAAGACUUGUUGAUGUUAUACUUAAAGCUUUCCAAGCUUGUGCUGCAAGUCAAGGUGAUUGUAAUAAUCUUACAUUUGGUAAAGGUGGUAGAUCUGGCGAAGAUGGUAAUAAAACUGUUGAUGGUUGGGGUUAUUAUGAAACUAUUGCUGGAGGUAGUGGUGCGGGUCCUACUUGGAAUGGACAAAGUGGCGUUCAUGUUCACAUGACAAAUACAAGAAUAACUGAUCCAGAAAUAUUAGAAAGAAGAUAUAAUCAUGCCAUAUUACUUCGAGAAUUUUCCAUACGCAAAGGAUCAGGUGGACAAGGGCUUUAUAAAGGUGGAGAUGGUGUAAUCCGUGAUUUAGAAUUUCGUGAACCAUUACAAGUUAGCAUAUUAUCUGAAAGACGUGUAUACCAUCCUUAUGGAUUAAAAGGUGGCAAACAAGGUGCAAAAGGUGGUAAAAAUACUUUUAAAGUAAAUGAAGGUGAUCGUAUUAUUAUUUGUACACCUGGUGGUGGUGCUGUUUUGAGAUUUAUAUCAAAUUAA